AAGCUGUCAAAGGAAACAAGGAGUUACGCGGCAGAGUCGCAGAUUACACAGGAUUACAGCAGCCCUUAGACAAAGUUGGGCUCUGUUGUCUCAGCUUUGGUGGCAAGAGCAGGAGUGGCUUGAUCCUAAAGAAGCUCUCCAGAUCAGAUUUCACCCAAACCAGCUGUGAGAGGGAGCUUUGCCUUUUCUCCCCACUCUCCCUCUCUCCAUGUUGUAAGCGCGCUCCAGACAUCCAGAAAGCAAAGGGGGAGUGACGGCGAGAGUUUCUGAAGGAAUUUUCCUUCUCCUAGGCAAGAAUUGAAAAAGUCACCAGAGUCUAGAGAACAGCGGCGAGGAUGGAUGAUCAGCCCCGGUUGAUGCACUCCUCUCACGGGGUGGGCAUGGCCGGACACCCCGGCCUGGCGCAGCAUAUGCAGGAUGGCACGGGAGGAGCGGACGGCGAGGGAAGAAAACAGGACAUUGGAGACAUAUUACAACAAAUCAUGACCAUAACCGACCAAAGUCUGGACGAGGCACAGGCCAGGAAACAUGCACUGAAUUGUCACAGAAUGAAGCCGGCUCUAUUCAAUGUCCUGUGUGAAAUAAAAGAAAAAACAGUACUCAGUAUCCGUGGAGCUCAGGAGGAGGAGCCACCAGACGCUCAACUCAUGCGAUUGGACAACAUGCUGCUAGCUGAGGGCGUGUCCGGACCAGAGAAAGGAGGCGGGUCCGCUGCAGCCGCUGCUGCUGCUGCUGCGGCUGGUGGCGCCGGGUCCGAUAACUCAGCCGAACACUCAGACUACCGGGCCAAGCUGUCCCAGAUCCGUCAAAUCUACCACACAGAAUUGGAAAAGUAUGAACAGGCGUGUAAUGAAUUCACCACCCAUGUGAUGAACCUGCUGAGGGAGCAGUCUCGCACUCGGCCCAUCUCCCCCAAAGAGAUCGAGCGCAUGGUGAGCAUCAUCCAUCGCAAGUUCAGCUCCAUCCAGAUGCAGCUCAAACAGAGCACCUGCGAGGCGGUCAUGAUCCUGCGCUCCCGCUUCCUCGACGCCAGACGAAAAAGGAGAAACUUCAAUAAGCAGGCCACAGAGAUCCUGAACGAAUACUUCUACUCCCACCUAAGCAACCCGUACCCCAGCGAGGAGGCCAAGGAGGAGCUGGCAAAGAAAUGCUCCAUUACAGUCUCACAAGUAUCCAACUGGUUUGGAAAUAAGAGAAUCAGAUACAAGAAAAAUAUUGGAAAAUUCCAAGAAGAAGCCAACAUGUACGCUGCCAGAACCGCCGCUAACGCAACCAACGUCUCCACCCACGGCAGCCAAGCCAACUCGCCUUCCACACCAAAUUCAGCUGGUUCUGCCGGCUCUUUUAACAUGAACUCUGGGGACUUGUUCAUGAGUGUGCAGUCUCUGAAUGGGGACUCAUACCAGGGGGCCCAAGUGGGGGCCAACGUUCAGUCACAGGUGGAUACUCUUCGCCAUGUUAUCAGUCAGACAGGCGGAUACAGUGAAAGCCUCGCUGCCAGUCAGAUAUACAGUCCACAGGGCAUCAAUGCGAACGGCGGCUGGCAAGACGCCCCGACACCCUCCUCAGUGACCUCGCCCACGGAAGGACCCGGGAGUGUCCAUUCUGACACCUCCAACUGAUCAGCACCAUCCAUCCCCAAAGCGCUUGGGAUCUUCAGACUGCUCUCGCUAAAGAUCCAGCGAUCCACCCUCCGCAGAUUUGGAUUAACGUCCCACAUGGUCAUACACAAUCAUGCCAUACUACCGUGGAACAUUUGGGAUACUUUACAAGAUUUUAGAAAACAAUUAUGAAUUUGAAAAUGUAAAAAAAAAAAAAAAAAAAAAUGUGUUUGUACAGUUUUCACAGUGUCUUUUAGGUGGCACAGGGCGACUAACUAACCUGUGACUGUUUCAGUCUUAUGAGGCUAUUGUUAAUGAUGGAACAACCAGUCAUUGUGUUUCAAUUUAAAUGCUUCAUUCUACCUCUCAGCAAAAAGAAAAAAAAGAAAGAAAAAUGAGAAAACAACAGUCUUUGUUUUCUAAAAAAAUAACAGAUACAACUUGAUAUAGUGUUGAGAGGAAGCUCUCCUUGUCGGUACGAUCAAUAAUUAUUCCCUCUUUUGUUCGUUCAUAGUGAUAUAUUGACUAUUUCUUUUUGUUUGUUUGUUGUUUUUCCUUUUUUAUUUUUCAAAAGACCCUCCAAUAUCAAUUCAGCUAUAUUAAAAGUAUUUCCUUUGACAAUUUUUGCCCUGUAAAAACAGAUUUUUCUUGUACAUCUUUGUAUAAAACGUGAAAUAGGAUGUGUGGAGGUCACUCCAUUGACCAUUUGAAAGCUGAUUAUCAUGUUUUCCCCAUAAAACCAUCAAAAGCCGUCCAUUAGAUAAAGGUAAAUGCUUACUUUUAUCGUAGAGAGCAGUCCAAACAACUCUGUUGUCGUAGAUUUCAUUUGGAGUCAUUUCCUCACUCUGUUUGUUUUUGAGGACACCGUCUGCGAGUCGAUGAAAAUAUAACUGAUUCCGGAAAUGGCGGAAGCAUCAAGUCAUUAUGGUCUAUAAUGACAUUUCCUCCCCGCUUUCACUUCAGAUUGCUUUCAAACUUAUUCCCUUUCUCCCUUAAGUGAAGGAAUUUGACAUAAAGAGCAAUAUAUUUGUUUGGUUUAUACAAACUGGUGUCUUUUACUACCCCAAAUCAUGGAAAAAACAAGCACUAAUGCUCUUUAUUGUUUUGAAUUAGUUAUUAGUUUUAGUAUGUUCCCUAUUUAAACUGAUUAUUCCUUAUUAUGUUCUGUUGACCUAGCAAAAACCUUAAGGGUUUCAUCAAAAGGCCAUGCCAUAAGAAUAUGAGUGUGAGAUACAAGUAUGACAGCCAACUGUGAGUGUACAGUUUCAGAAACAAGCAAUGUACAUCAGCCGAGUGUUGCUGGUAACCAAAAUCCAUUGUGUAAACAAUGUAAAAGAAUAUGAAAUAUCAUGCUCAUACCUGUUUAAACAUAAUGAGCUUUUCUCAGUUUUCUGUAGCAUUUGUAAGAAAGUCAGAAAUUCAGAUACGCAACAUACAAGCGCUACCAGAUUGCUCGUGUCUUCUAAUUUCUUUUAGCCAAUUUGAAUUGCUGAAGCCACUGUUCCCAUUGUGAAAUCAUGACCGAUGUAGCGCUUCUGCCUAAUUGAAAAAAAUUAUCUUGAAAAAUCCAAUAGUUAACUAAUUUUUGUUGAAAAUAUAUCCCUGUCUGUCAGGGCUCCGGGUAAUGAAGUUUGUUUUGCAGUACAUUGAAUCAGAAUCCAUUUAAAUGGGGAAGUCAUUAAGUUAACAAGAUUUGGACAUUUCGACGGUCACUCUUACUGUGUUGAUGCAGGUAAAGUGCCGUACAACCGUUCAGUCUAUAUGGACUCUUUUGCCCCCGAACCCAGAAAUCAGUUCAGCGGCUUCUGAACAAGUUCCAAACCCUGACCUGAGGUGAAACCAGUCGAUCAUCUCUGCUCUGUUGUGUAUGUAUCGCUAAUAUGCUAAUAUGACACCAGUUUCUAAUAUCAUAUUAUCCCCCUGUUGAUUUGUGCUCUCUAACACAUGUUCUACCAAAAACAUUGCCAAAAAGGAAGAAGCUCCACCUUUUUAAUGGAUUUUGGGGGGGAAAUGUUUGGGAAUGUUCAUCGCUAUUCACUAUCAAAACCAAAAAUGUAAAAACUGAAAGUAGCUUAUGUAUGUAUAAGAAACAGAAAUAUGUGACCGAUAUUUCAUUGCCUUUGCCUUCAAUAAUGGCUUUGAUGAUUCGUUUUCUUUCUUUUUCUGAUGUUUCUUGUUUUUAGCUUUUGUUUAGCUCUCAAUAUCAAGAAUUUCUGAAACACCAUAUUUUUUUUAAUAGUUUGAAGAUAAUCAUGCUAAUCCGUAUGAAAAUACAAACAUACGUCGUCUAUUAUUUGAAUGACAUACUUUUAUGACACAAAAGAACAUAAACUCUAGUUUGCUGAUGGUUGCCAUUGUGAAAAUGUAUAUAUAUUUUGUGAAAUAGACUUGACCGCACCUGCUAUAAAUGCAUUAUUAGACUUCACGAUUAUGUACCAUAUGAAGCAUUGAAGUCCAGACUAUUGUGUUUGGGUUUCCGCCACAAUUCCCACAAACUUUGUCUCAAAAUUGACAUGAUUAUCAUCAAUAAAUGUUGUAUUGCUCACUGAA